AUGCCUCAAAGUGAAUCAUCGUCUCACUCACUCCACGGAGACCAGGGCAAUGUGGACAUUCGGCAAAUGUUUGAUUGUCAUAGGUUCGAAACAAACUUGGAUACAUUUUUGGCCUGUUUGUACUUUCCCAUUGGCAUCUGUCUCUUCAUCAUACGUCUCUUUAUAUUUAUUCAAGUCCUUUUAAUCUCAACUCUGUUGCCGAAUGACUCUUACGCACGAAGGUAUCUUGCAUCGCUCGACAAGGCUGAAAAUGAAACGGCCGACGAAUACACCAAACGAGUCCAACUUAAAAUGGCAUCUUGUACAAACCUAGUCGCUUCCAGUUUUGACAAUAGUGAUAAGAAGGAGAUGAUGAAGCGAAUUCAGGAUGAACACAGGCGGAAAACUGCUCCAACUCCACGAGUUUCAGCGGCUCCAUCAGUUGAAGUAAUGGCCCGGAAAGUGAAAGAAGUGUUGCCCCAAGUUCCACUGGCUAUAAUCAAAAGCGACAUUGUAAUCACCAAAAACAUUGAUGAUACCAUUGAAAGAAUUUUGAAUGGAAACGUGCCCUACACACCUGAAGUCAUGCCUUCAGCUAAUGACACCUCUAAAGCAAGCACAUCAAGUGGGCCGGUUGCUGGGGGCGUUUCUAGUUUAGAAGCCUCGGCAAAGAUGUUUUGUGGUUCCUCUUUUGGCAAAACCGCUGAAGAGCGUACAAAGUCUUUUCAGGAACGCAAAGAACAUCUCUAUCGCGUAGCUCGCAUGCGAUACAUUCAAAAGCAUAAAUUGGUAAACAAGUGA